CAAGAUACUCAUGGCUGUAAGUUGGCGAGUCAAACAAAAGUUUUCAUUUAGCUGUAUUUGUUUAUAGAUACUUAUUAAUAUACACAUAACCGUUCUCUUGAUUAGUUAUUGGUUCCUCGAUGCAACAUAAUAGAUGUUUUUUUCGGCUGUUGAAUCGAAAAAACUAUAUGUACUCUAGAUAUCAAAUCUAUACUGUUUGUUCACUUGAGAGACGCAAAAUAAGACUCACAUGGGUGCUACGUAUCUUUAAGACGGAAGCAUCUGAUUUAUUGAUAUAAUCCACUGAAAUCCUCACCAUCCAUCCCUACUAGUACCAAUUGUGUCCCACGUCAGUCGUACCAGUGAACUCGCAAAAAUGGCAUCGAAAGCUGCUUACAGAAGGUUAAUGAAGGAAUACAUGAUGAUUCAGAAAAAUCCGGUCGAAUUUGUUGAAGCCCGUCCCGCUCCAGACAACAUUCUAGAAUGGCAUUAUAUCAUUACUGGCCCACCAGAUACGCCAUACGAGGGUGGCCAGUAUCAUGGUACUCUCACUUUUCCAAGUGAAUAUCCGUACAAGCCCCCAGCAAUUCGUAUGGUUACUCCAAGUGGUCGUUUCCGUACGAACACAAAACUUUGUUUGUCGUUUUCAGACUUCCACCCCAAUUUAUGGAAUCCUUCAUGGAUGGUUUCUACUAUCCUCGUAGGACUAAUUUCGUUUAUGACUUCGGAAGAAAUGCUUACCGGUGGCCUUACCGCAACACGAGCUACAAGACAAGAUUUUGCACGCGACUCUAAGCGUUUUAAUGCUCAGCAAAAUCCGAAAUUUGCUCGAAUUUUUCCUGAGCUAGUUGAAAAAAAUAAUGAGGAUAUUGCAGCAAACAAUCUUCCCCCGGGAAGCUCCCUUGAAGAUAAUUUAAAUGCUGAUGGACCGAUUACUCCUGCCAUCGGUAAUGCAGAUCAUGAGGAGACCACAACAAGCGAAGGAGCAAGAUCGUCUGUAGGCGCAAAUCAGAAUCAAGAAAAUGUAAUAAAACGACACUGGAAGAAAAUUAUUACCGUGCUUGCUGUACUUGUUCUUGCGCACUACAUUGGGCCUGCUUAGAAUACGAAUUCAUUACGAAAAAAAAAAAAAGAAACUGCAGCACAGCUAUUAACUCCUUCCUUUUAUUUUUUACACGCUAAUUUCUCUUGAUGAGGAAGCGUGCAUAAGUACAGUCUUUUCUAUUUGCGCACAUAAGAGACAGGAACAGCUUUCCCUUCUCCUUCAUUGAUAUUUGUCAAUCGUUGCUUAGCACACUAAACAACUCAUUUACUCUUCUGAUAGCUUAUUGUUUCACAAUUGAAAUCGGUUCAUGAACUAGACAGCUGGUGAAUUAUUAUCGGUACUUGCGCUUUCUGUCACUAUCCAGCUAGUUGCGUAGCCAGCUGCAACCAACGUUACAGGAGCGUCGAGCUUUAGUGGGACUGCCGUAUAGACAUCUUUACGAUGUUGAAGACCAGCGUUCCCGUGUUCAUUCCAACCGUAAACUAUUGCUUGUCUAGUUUCCAACAAUACAAUGUUAUGUUCACUACCGCCCGAGACCUGGUGAACUGGUUGUUCUAAACGAGAAUGUGCUUUCUGUGCACGGUCGCCCCUGCCGAAGGCCAGGCAAUUCCCUUUAUCGGUCAGAAGCGUCAGUGUUGACCAGUUUGAUGAAACAUCAACAAUCUGAAGCUGCCUGUUGUCUUCAUUUGCAACCCACGCUGCAUACUCAUCUGUUAUGCGCCAUUUCGUGUUUCCGAGUAUUUUGAGUUCACCGGAAUUGAACAAAAUACCAGUAAAUUGCACUCCACAAACAACUUUCUUUGCGCCAGGGAAUACUCCAAUAAGUACAGGUUGUGAUACUGUAUUUAUGACCUUUGAACUCAAUUGCCCCUUUCGCCCGUCUCCACAACCGUAUAAGCGACCAGCGCUGGUAACACAGACCCAGUGUUUAAGUCCGGCUGCCAUUGAAAUAAUUAUUUCACCAGUCUCAAGAGGAAUAGGUACUUGAGAAAAGGAUUUUGGUCCCUUCACACCUAGACCAAGUUCCCCAUGAGGUCCAACACCGCAAGUGAAUAGCAUUUUUUGGGACAAAUCAACGACUAAAGUGAACUCCCAACCAGCUGAAAUUAAAGAGCAACAAAUGCUCGUAAGUAUUGGUUGAAAGCCAAUGACAUGAUCGACUGCCUUCUUUUUAUGCCAAAAGGGUUGACCACACUGAAGGCUAGAGUUUAAACCUGUCGCCCAAACCUUAUUCUGUUUGUCCAGCAGUAAUGUGUGAUUUCCGCCACAAGCAAUUGCUUUUACAGUUCCAGCAAAUCCAACUUUUGUGGGAACAGCAACAUCCUCGUGAUGAUUAAGUCCUAGUUGAAAAUUUCCAUUGGACCCAAAAGAGUAAAGCAUUACUAUGGAUUUCUACGUCUUUGAUUUACUGACUAUUGUCUCUUAUGGUGGUUUUUGUUAUAACAUAAAUCAAAAAUUAACAGCCACAAAAAUUGCCGGACACAAUUAAUGAAUUAUAACUUUUCUGGUUAACUAAGAAGUUAACGAACUUGUCUUUAUUUACAUAAAUAUACAACGGUUUGCACA